AUGCUGGUGAUUUGGUUCCUAGUUCUGGUUACGGCCAGCGCCGGUGCCCACGCCGGAAGAUUAAGCGAUUCUUCGUGGCGUGGAGCGGAUCGGGACCUAGCGCCGGGCUCACUGCUCGCACGGUUGGACCGGCUUGUGAACGUUUGUGUGGCCAACUACGAGGAUCUAACGACCGAUCUUCUGCUCGGCAUUGCUAUCGCCAACGCCCAACUGAGGUCCAUCCUUCAACAGCCACUGCAAGAAGCCGAGCGCCAGUUUGUAGCGUCUUUGGCGAAAAAGUGUGACUUUGUCGAGAGUCGCAUCGAGAGCAUUUUCAGCUUUCCCAGUGGGGCCAAUGCGGUCGUGUCCAAGCUUCUGAUAAACUCAGAGUUUUGGAGGGUGGAUGAAGAUUACCGAGCAGAUGGUGCGUCCUCGGAGGGCGUUCUGGAUUUGGCGCACUGGAAACGGCGUCGACGUCGAAGAAGCCAACCGGCGCUAGGUGACCCGAAAGUGAUGAUGAAAACCUAUCUGCAAGCGAUCGAUGUCGGGGGCCCCAGUGAGCGACAGUCAGACGAGUGCUUAUCGGAACUCUUGGUCAGUGAGUCAGAAAAUGAGUACAACGCCAGCAGCAGUAGUGACAACUUCAAAAACUCCAGUUCCUCCAGUGGCCCCUCUCGGAAGCGGUUGAUCAUGAGCCGCGAAUGUAGUGCGGCGAUGUCGCUUCGAAAGCGCUCCUACGGCUACCAUCUUACGCACAAAUUGCUGUUCUACAUCGUGCUCGGGCGCCAAGGGUUCGCGAACGUCGGACGAAGCGUCGUGGUAGACGCCCAGCGCAGGCUGUGUGAGGCGAUCUUGCGCGAGUCCGAACUGAUCGCCGGCUUCGACUUUCCGGAACUGUUCCGCGAUCUGUUCAUGGAGCAGAUGUUCCUGUGCGCGUACAGUCACGCCGCGGUACCCGAGUUUGCGGACCCAGCUUGGUUGGCCACCACCAUUGGAUGGCAGAACGGCGAAGGAUGCUUCAAGUUUUACGGAGACGACGGUGGUGAUGGCGUCGAGGGGACAAACGCGCUGACCACGCACUGCUCCACCCAUAUGACCGGUGUCGGUGCCGCACUGAUGGCACUGUUUGCAAAGCUUCAACUACAAUAG